AUGUCCGGUGCGGGCCCUAUUUCCCAGGACUGGGAACCCGUCGUCCUCCGCAAGAAAGCUCCCACCGCCGCGGCCAAGACGGACGAGAAAGCCGUCAACGCCGCCCGCCGCGCCGGCGCCGAUAUUGAAACCCAAAAAAAAUAUAAUGCUGGGACAAACAAAGCAGCCUCUAGCAGCACUUCAUUGAACACCAAGAGGCUGGAUGAGGACACAGAGAAUCUAGCACAUGAGAAAGUACCAACUGAGCUUAAGAAGGCUAUAAUGCAAGCUAGGAUGGAUAAGAAGCUUACUCAGGCUCAGCUUGCUCAAGUGAUCAACGAGAAACCUCAAGUGAUCCAGGAAUACGAAUCAGGGAAAGCCAUUCCAAACCAGCAGAUAAUUGGCAAGUUGGAAAGAGCCCUUGGAACUAAACUUCGUGGCAAGAAAUAAGGAAACUAAAUUCGUGGUUCUGCAUAUAUUAUGGUUUGCAUGUCUCGCUAUGGGAGUGUUGUGUUUGCUCACUAAUUAUGUAUAUUUAAGACGGAUAAAAGGUUGUGAAGACCUGAGGCUUUCACCUGUUUGAAUAAAUAAAGUUGCAUUUUCAUCAUAA